UUGUUUUCCAGCUAACCCUUUCCAUACUCUCUCUCAUCUUGUCCUCCUUGUCCUUCUCUCCUUUUUGAGCUUUCUUUAAUUAUUUCUUACUCAAAAAGUCGAGGACACCUGUGUGGAGAUGAUUUUAUACAAUCAUAUCCAGUUUUAAGCUGAUUCAGAUAGGGUUCCAUGGUUUGAUCCCAAAAAGAACAAGAUUCGGAUUCACUUCUGGGAAGUUGACUGAUUCCAUAUCUGAUUAAAGUGGGGACGAUAAGUUUUGGGAGGCUAUGAAGUGUUUUCCAUUCUCGUACUGCAACGAAAAAGACGAAGCCGCAAAAACGCCAACAAAAUCGAUAUCAGUUCAAUCUUUUACUUCCAUAUUUACAGAUCGUGAUGUGAGAAGAUCAUGGACGACAGGGUUAAACUCCGAAACUGUUUCCGACGUUAGCACAGAAUCAAUCGGAAGAAGGUCUAAUGUUCCUAGUUUUUCACAGAGACCAAGUAAUCUUCGAGUCUUCACUUUCCCCGAACUCAAAUCGGCCACCAAUGGCUUCAGCCGAUCAGCAAAGAUCGGCGAAGGUGGUUUCGGGUGUGUCUACAUCGGCGCCAUUAAAUCCGAUCAAGACCCGACGAAAAAGCUUCGUGUCGCCGUUAAACAGCUCAGCCGACGAGGGUUACAGGGACAUAAGGAGUGGGUGACGGAGGUGAAUGUUCUUGGGAUUGUUGAACACCCGAAUUUGGUGAAAUUAAUCGGGUAUUGUGCAGAAGAUGAUGAAAGAGGUAUUCAAAGGCUUCUGGUUUACGAAUAUAUGCCGAAUGGAAGUGUCGAGGAUCAUUUAUGUGCUAAGAAUGAAGAAACUCUUUCAUGGAGUAUGAGACUUAAAGUAGCUCAAGAUGCUGCUCGUGGGUUGACUUAUUUACACGAGGAAAUGGGCUUUCAGAUCAUCUUCCGAGAUUUCAAAUCAUCCAACAUUCUUCUAGAUGAUAAAUGGAACGCGAAGCUUUCGGAUUUUGGAUUAGCUCGGUUAGGUCCCGAAGAAGGACUAACUCAUGUCUCCACCGCGGUUGUAGGAACCAUGGGAUACGCGGCUCCUGAAUACAUCCAAACCGGUCGACUCAGAUCCCAAAGUGACGUGUGGAGCUACGGUGUGUUUCUCUACGAGCUUAUCACGGGUAGGCGACCAUUGGAUCGAAAUCGUCCAAAAGGCGAACAAAAGCUUCUAGAAUGGGUGAAACCGUAUCUCGACUCUAGAAAGUUCCGGAUGAUUGUUGAUUCUAGAUUGGAAGGAAAAUACUCGAUGAAAACAGCACAAAAGUUAUCGAUUAUAGCUAAUAAGUGUUUGUCAAAGAAUCCAAAAGGAAGGCCAAAAAUGAGUGAGGUGUUGGAGAUGGUUAAUGAGCUUGUUGGGGGUGGUGGUGCACCGGAAGGGACCAGUCCUAGACCGCCACCUGGAAAUGGUCCGGUUGUAGAGCCGGUGGUGGUUCAUAAGGUUGAACCCAUCGAGCCUGAAAAGGUUUUUGUGGGGUCCACUGAGGGUAAAAAGACAUUUAAGGACAUGCCUAGUAAAAGGAAGAGAAGGUUUAUGGACAUCAUGUUUGGAAACUCUGUUUGGCUUUCGAGAAUUUGGCCUUCGAAGAAUGUGAAAACUUGAUGAUUUUUGAAGUUGGAGGUAAAUAUAGAAGAGGGAUUAAAGGAUGGAUGUUAGUAAAAGACAUUUUUACCCUUGCAUGGUUUGUAUAGAUGGGUAGUCGGCUUGUUGGAGGAAAUUUGUGGACGCAGUGGGAGGUGAAGGGGCUAUAUGGUAAUUUUGCUGCUAUAGAAGGGAGGCAAGAUGGUAAAGAUAAUAGAAGUUUUCUUAUAUGAUAUGUUUUGUGUAAUUUUUUGUAUAACGUAAGGAAAAUGUUGUAUACAUUAGUUUUUGUUGUAUUGUGCAACGGGAAGAUCUUGGUGUUAAGGGGCUGUUAUUCAUAUUUCUGGUUA